AUGGCAUCUACGUCCCCUCACCCUCCUCAACCAACUUGCGCAGAACUGGUUAAAAAGGUGGUCAUCUCACUCAUCCCUCCACAGGAGGAAAGCAGCAGAAUUUAUACGCAAGUGGGAGAAAAUGAUGAGAUUCAUGCGGAUACAGGUCCAGAAGUAUUAAGCACAUUGGCGCGAAUUAAUGACAACAAAGCAUCUGGGCCCGAUGGCAUACCGAAUGCGGCAUUUAAAGCGGCGGUGUACUCAAACCCGGCCGUGUUUGUAAACCUGUAUAAUUUCUGGCUGACUGAAGCUACAAUCCAAAAGAGGUGGAAAAAGCAGCGUCUAGUAUUAUUGCUAAAUCCGGGAAAGCAGCCGGAUCAGCCAUCGUCAUACAGACCACUGUGUAUGUUCGAUACCGUUGGGAAGCCACCGAAAAAGAAACUCUCUAAAAAGGAAAAAGCGCGGCUGGAGGCCGAACAGGCCGAGCUGCUACGCAUCGAAAUGGAAAAAGAGAGACAACGAAAACUCGAGGAAGAGCGUCAACGUCGCCAAAUUGAAUACGAGCAAGCCAAACGCCGUCAGAAGGAAGAAAUUCUAGAGAAUAAAACACGUCGCGCACAGCUACGCAACAGUAUGGCUUUCUUCACAGAGGUGCGCGAAGUAACGUCUGGUAUAAAGGCGCUGGAGCAGGAAGAACGAGAAUGGGAAAGAUUUAUGCGUUGCAACGGUUUACCCAAUGCUAAUAGUCCAAGUGACUUACGCCGCUACAUACAUCAAUGGCGCAGCGAUAUGGAGCGGCGCGAGCGUGCAUCACGCAAUUGGUUGUUAAAUACGAACGAACGGACGCUACUCACGCAAGAUCUCGAUGCGCCGGACUUAUCGCGUAAGAGUUUGCGCCUACAGCAGGGCAAUGCGGGUGAUGUGUAUGCGCAGCGAAUACGCGAAGUGUUGGGGAUACUCUCAGAGCUGGACGAGGCUAUCGCUGAUAAGAAGAAGCCACCGCAUAUCGUUAGCGAUCUCAUCUGUCUGAAAAUGGAGAUUCGCGUGCUCUUGAGCGAACACCUGGAUGAGUUUACCUAUAAAACGAUGUCGCAUAUUGAUCGUGAUAUGGAAAUCGAUAGGCCGGGGGUUUUCAAGCACAUCUAUGAAUCCGAUGUCUUCAAGAGCCAUUUUUGGACUUACUCAAAAGAUGCACAAAUCUCCGUCAAUCCCAAGGCACGUAUUGGGGAGCAGGCCACUUGCAACGAUAUCGAAUUCCCAGCACUGAAACUCCAAAUCGCACUGCCACUCUCAGUGGAACUACAAAGCUCCGCUAUGCGUGGCCUCUGGCUAGACUACGAUCAUUUUAGUGAUUAUUGCACAAGCAUCAACACAAAGAGAGUUUUGCCGGAACACAUUAAUAUCCUCCGCUAUACCAAAAAAGAGUGGCAUAAACGCAAAGACAUCUUGCAGAAUAUGCUGGAGGACUGCACUAAGGAUAGUCCUUUGUCGAGUGGUGUGGCUGAUCAGAAUAGUUCUGUAGCAGCCAAACGCGAGCGCAGCUUCGAUGUGGACAAAAUAUAUGCGGAGCACGAAGAAGAGCUUAAUAAGGCACGCCGUCGUGCAAUCGGACCAGAUGCAUACGGUUUAGCUGACACCGAUGUUAAUUUACGCAAAUAUCGCAUUAUCGGUGGCGUUUAUUGCAUUGACUAUUUAGAGACGCCACAACAGGAUAAGCGUCUCAACGAGCGUUCAUUUAUAAGAACUAUCAUCUCACCCGAUCACUUGGGUCACAAAAUAUUUUACCAAAACUACAAACCACCGCCACCCCCACAACCCGGUGUACGACGUUUGCCUGAGGAAAUUGAAGCGGAGAUGCGCAUGGUUGAGGCGGCACUUGAAAAAUUAGCACUGGUCAGCUUGGACCUACCAGACUCGGUGAUUUGGUUCGAACCACCCAUUGUUUGCCGCUGGGAGACGCACUUCGAAACAUUGGAAUCAAACUUGACAGAUGGUGCGAAACCACCACUUGGCAAUGCUGCUAAUGCUAUUGCCACUUCCACCGAAGCUACACCACUUUCAACCACCACCAAUACCAGUCCACUUAAGGGCUCGCCACGUUUCCCUGCAAAGCUACGCAAACGUAGCUCACAAAAGUCUACAAUGGAAUCAGAAUUGGCAGUUGGUGCAGCGCAAGUGGCUGGUGCUGUGCGUGAGGUUACAGACUUUGAUCUAUUCAACAUACCGCGUGGCAUCGAAAUUCAUGGUUUAUUGCAAGAUUUUGUUGUGCCACGUUUGCCACCUGGCUUCUGUCUGCGCUGGGAAAAGUCAACACCAGUCUUGAGUAGCAAAGUGAUGGUGCGUCGACAACGCAAACAGAAGAAGAAACGACAACGCGAAGGCGGUGGUCAACGACUUAUUUUGUUGGCACGCCACAAAAGUGUCAACAGGGCAGACGAAAGUGACAUCUGGUCGGAUACAAUGGCAGAAGGUCGACACGAUGAGAGCGCAUUUCAAAUGCGUCAAGAAUAUAUCACGAACGACUAUUUAGAUUGGGACGAGCCACAUGAACUAUUCCCACCAGCCGAACCAAAAAAGCUGAUAAAGUUUAAGGAAUAUGCAACAGAUAAGUAUGGGGGCAAUUUAAAGGGAAAAGACGUCGGACAAAAGUUGGUAAUAAGUGAUGGCAAUCAGGAUAAUCACAAAAAGAAUGGAAAUGGAAGGAGUGGCGUUGAAACAAAGCGAGUGAGCAUAAAUGGAAUCGCCGCAGGAAAUGGUACAGCAAAUCUUAAUGGCAACGGAUGUGGCAAAAAGAAUGGGAAUGGUCAAGGUAAUGGUAAUGGGCAUAGCUCAGUGGCGCGAAACAGUGACAAUCAGCAGACGAGAGGCAGUGACGGGGCAGUAAGUGUAAGCAGCACUAGUCGAAGUACUAAGGAAACAGCUGAGGCGGAGCAAUCAAAAGCGAAAGCAGUGUCGGAAAGGAAGACAUACAUGUUCUCCAAAUUAAUUGAAGAUUUGGAUCGCCUUUGCGAAUUGCAGCUGCCAUUACAAGCCGAUGCGCUCAAAAGAAUUUCGGCUAAUCUUACCUCACCAGCCGCAAGCGGCUCAGCAGACUCCAAUCAACCCACAGCAACUAAUGCCAAUGGCGCCGCAGCAGCUGGCAAUGGUGAAGAGUUUGGCAGGCAAGCGGAAGCAGCAAUGCAACCCGCUUUCACCUACUAUCCGGGCUUUUCGUUUCUACGUGAUUUGGAUGCGAAAAAUGAUGCAGAUAAUAAUGGCGACACUGCCGGCGACCAGGAAGUAGAGGAUGAAGACGAAGAAAGCAGCAGUGAUGAAUACGACGAGGACGCAGACGACGCGUUUGAUGGCGAUGGUUGGGAUGAUGAAGCACUUUUAGAGGACUACCAAGCGAGUGCACGUAACGGCAUAGCCUCGGCAACAAAUUUAAAUUCACUGCUGAGUGGUGGUGGUGGUGGUGAAGACAAGGCAAUAGGAGGUGGUGUAGGUGGCUGCGGCGGUGGCGUACAAUCAACUAUUGUUGCGGCGUCAGGCGGUCUCCAGCAGCUGCUCAACAAACACAAUCAGAGUGAGAGUGACAGCAGUGAUGGUAAAAAAUACAAAGAAUCGAAUAUGAUCGCUCGGACCCAAGGUAAAUGGAGUACACGCGAUGUCCAUGACGCCAAAUUUAAUGAGGAAAAACUAUCACUACAAUUUCGUACAGGACGUUUAGGCAUAUUCGGAUUGGCGCUAAAUCGUUACAGCAAUAUGCCGUAUCAGACGUGGGAAAUAAAACCGGAUUUCAAAAGCCCUGGCACGAUUUUCUUCACAUUUACUGCUUCCAUUAUUAGUCUGGAUAUGAACAUCACUUCGACGGGCUAUUGCGUAAAUAACUUUCAAGGAGGCAGCACUACGGCCAUUAACGAGAUGCUCGGUAAGACUUUAUCUUUAGCCGAAUUGAAGACGACGCUCAUUGCCGCUGCCGUUGACAUUUUUCCCGAACCGGACACAUUUUGCUAUACCGAAGGCACUUGUGAGAAGAAUUUCGUCAUGGAAAUGCAUUUGUAUGCAUGUAUAUCUACUUUGGUGCAGUCUCAUAACUUCAGUUGGUCGCGUUGGAAUCUGUUGGCGGGCAGCCGAACGAUUGUGCUGCUCAUGCGCGAGCUGAUUGAAGGCAAGAAAGUGCCUUAUCACUCCACAUUAUUGGUGACCCCUUUGAAGACUGCCAUAAUCGACUGUACGGAGGUUUCACCAAGUUUCAAUUCAGCUGGCAUCGCUGGCAUGGAGUAUUAUGCCGAUCUCUAUCAACUCUCACAGGUGUAUGCCCUUCCGAGUAGUCUCGAAAAACAGCGAGAUAUGGAUCCGAUGUUGCGCGAAAAUGUGGCACGUAUUUUGAUGGCUAUUAGACCUCUAAGUUUUUGUUAA